AUGGACAUCAACAACCGAGUUGAUCAGCCGCGAGCCUUACCAUCUGCGUGUGAUACCGAGGAAAAACGAGGUAAGGAUUGACCUCCUCAAUCUUCCUCUGCUCCUUUGGCUCUGUGAUGACUUUGUUCGGACCAGAUUUUUCUUCUUCUCCGGUUGUUGCCCCUGCUAGGGUACUCAACAUGUCACGGAUAACCUUUUCGCGAAUUGUUGUUCAGGGGAUGAAGAUAGUCCCGUGAAGGAGAGGUGCUGGAGCCAGAGGGAAGCGCUGCCUGGCGAACCUCGCUGUGUGGUCUGUGGCCGCUACGGUGAGUACAUCUGCGAUGAGACGGAUGAUGACAUCUGCAGCAUAGAAUGCAAGAAGCACCUCUUGGACAAACUAUCCCGAACGAGGAAGGCGCCUGUGAAUCGAAUCCCACCCGAAAAGUUGCCUGCCCAUGAUGAGUGCUUCUAUAUUAGAGACGAUGCGUCUGCUCAGAUUGAAUCGUUGAGGAAGCGAAUCGACAUUCAUGUUAAAGGGGAAUCUGUACCCGCUCCGGGUUUCUCCUACUCAUUCUUCAACCUCCCUCAGAAGCUGCUCGAGAAUCUGGAAAGUGUGGGGUAUGAGAUCCCCACACCAGUUCAAAUGCAGGUGAUUCCUGCUGCCCUGAGUCGUAGAAACCUGCUGGUUUCUGCAGAAACCGGGUCAGGAAAGACGGCAUCCUUUCUUGUGCCCGUGGUGGCUCGCUGCUCUGAAGUUCGAUUGAGGCAUCCAGAAGCAAAGAAGAGGCCAUUAGCCCUUGUUCUUGCGCCAACGAGAGAGCUCUGUGUGCAGGUGGAAGAGCAAGCGAAGCUUCUUGGGAAGGGCCUGCCCUUUAAGACUGCGCUUGUGAUCGGCGGCGAUGCCCUCGCUGGGCAGGUCCACAGACUCAGGCAAGGCAUAGAAGUGAUUAUCGGAACGCCUGGUAGGAUAAUUGAUCUCCUCACGAAGCACCCCAACUUUGAAUUAGAUGAGGUCUGCAUUCUGGUUCUAGAUGAAGUGGACUGCAUGCUACAGAAGGGAUUCCGCGAUCAGUUGAUGCAGAUAUUUCAGGCACUCUCGCAGCCUCAGGUGUUGAUGUUCUCUGCGACUAUAUUGCCAGAUGUGGAAAAGAUGGCGUCACUGAUGGCCAAAGAUCUGAUUUGUAUUUCAGCGGGGAGACCAAGCAGGCCCAACGAUUCUGUGGCGCAGGUAGCCAUCUGGGUGGACUCUAAGCAUAAGAAGAAGAAGCUCUUUGAUAUCUUGAGGAGUAAACAGCAUUUCAUGCCACCUGCCGUGGUGUUUGUGGAGUCAAGACUGGGAGCUGAUCUUCUAUCUGAAGCGAUAUCUGUUGCAACUGGAAUCAAGGCCCUCUCAAUCCAUGGAGAGAAGGAUAUGAAGGAGAGGAGGGAGACCAUGAGGCUUCUUCUGGCAGGGGAGGUCUCUGUGCUUGUGGCAACGGGGGUUCUUGGGAGGGGGGUAGAUUUGUGGGCAGUGAGGCAGGUCAUCAUAUUUGACAUGCCAAACUCCAUUGAGGAGUACAUUCAUCAGGUCGGAAGGGCUUCUAGAAUGGGGGAGAAGGGCUCAGCUAUCAUCUUUGUGAACGAGGAUGACAAGAGGCUGCUCAAGGAACUGGUCCAGGUUCUUAGGUCCUCUGGAGCUGCAGUUCCCCGUGAGUUGGCAAACUCUAGGUACUCGAUAGAAACUCGGCAGACAAAUGGCAGACAGAAGAAGAGGAAACUGGGAGCUGGUUGA